AUGGCUGAUCCUCUCCUGGAACUCAUCUCUCGCCUUGAAGAUGAAAUCCAGGACCCUGAUGAAGAGACAUUUCUUCUCUACUCCAACGACAUUCCGUCCCAAGGUCUAGGCUUCAUUGACUCUCACGCCUCAGUCCUAGACCUCCAGCUCAACGGAAGAAACAUCACUAUUCAUCAAUCUCCUGGAGUACUGGCGUCGUCUCGCAAAGGAGGCACUACAGGAUCAGUCCUAUGGAAAAUCACCCCCCUCUUCGCAGAAUGGCUCUCCUCCCCAUCAAACAUCCUCCUCAACACAAUCCUCGCAACUUCCUCCUCAUCCUCCAUCAUUGAACUCGGCUGCGGCAUCUCCCCCCUCAACGCGCUGAGCCUCUCCCCAAAAGUCUCGCGCUACAUCCUCACCGACCAGCCCUACGUCCAGAAACUCGUCCUGCAGAAUCUCGCCGAGAACAAACUCACGGCAAGAGGCGGUAGCAAAUCCAACAAGAAGGCGGGCAAUAAAUCUCCCAGUCCUUCUUCUUCUUACAGCACAACCGCGGAUAUCCACUUUCAAGUCCUCGACUGGGAGACUUCUCAAGUAACUCCUUCACUUACCAAUUCCUCCUCGGUAUCUUCCUUCGACGCCAUCAUUGCUUGCGACUGUGUCUUCAACUACGCCCUGAUUCAGCCCUUUGUGCAGACCUGCGCUGAUAUCUGCAAGCUACGCCAGUCAGAUGGUCUCUUGGAGGGCGACGAACUCUCGCCGUGUCUCUGUAUCGUGGCGCAGCAGCUACGAAACGACGACGUCUUCAACAGCUGGCUGGUUGCCUUCAAAGAGCAUUUCCGGGUGUGGCGGAUACCUGGUGAGAUGAUGCCGGCAGCGCUCCGUCCAGAGGCGGGUUUUGUGGUUCACAUUGGGAUUCUCAAAGACUCGUUCUAA